UCGGAACAGUAGACGGACGAAAGAAUCGCAACGCGUGGGUAGACGAGGGCGAGUGCAGUGUGCAGUGCGUGCGGGUCUUGUGUCGCUGAAAGCUCGCGCCGUGAAGCCUCCGCGGCGUCGCGCGAGCGCCCGCCUCGUGCCAGUGCCGGCCCGGCCGCGCCAUCAGAACCACGCUCCGACAAAUAUUAACUAUUUAUUAAUUACUUUUGGACAGUGAAACAAACACUGUAUUGAGUACUUUGCAUUAUAUCCGGUCGAGCGAUCCAGCCUUCGAGAAUCUAUUAAGGGCGAGUGUGACGGAAGGGGUCAGAUGGAUCGGAGGAGGCGCGCGGCGGGAGCGCUGCUCGCGCUGGCCGCGUGCAUCGCGCGUUCGGCAGCCGCACCCACAGCAAGCAAUCACACAGCACUUGAUCUUUAUGAUGGAGCACCCGAAGGUUGUUAUUACAACUUUCAACAUUACGGCGAAGGUGAUCGCAUCAUGACCAACGAACCCUGCUUAAAUUGCACUUGUCAUAACCGGAUGCUCAUGUGCUAUCUCCGUGUGUGUCCGUUUACUAAGCCGAUUGGCCAGGACUGCACCGUCGAGAAGCGCGCGGACCAGUGCUGUCCAAUUGUGACAUGCCCAGAUGUUCCAGUUGAUCUACUCACUUCUACGUCGACCUCGUCGCCAGCUGAGUACGGAGGAACUGGAGUUGGAAAAUAUGAUAGAUAUGGCUGUAGUAUCAAUGGAAGAUAUUUCCCAGAGGGCUCUAAGGUGCCGCCUACCCCGAACAAACCCUGCGAACAUUGCUACUGUAUUCGCAAUAUGACGACCUGUGUGAUGCAAGAGUGUACUUUACACGUCGACGGCUGUACUCCCAUUUACCAUAAAGAUGUCUGCUGUCCAGUUCGAUAUUCGUGCGAUCACCCAGAAGACGAAAUACCUCUCUUAGACGACAUGUCUACAACGGUCAGACCAACACCCGGUUUCCUGUUAACCACGACAACGAUCGCACCUGUUACUCAGGCGUCACAAAGCUGUGUCCACGACGACAAGAUAUUUGUGGACGGAGCUUUAAUCAAAACAGAAAAAGCUUGUGAACAUUGUUAUUGUAUGAAAGGAGAUAUUGUCUGUGUAGUUCAAGAAUGUGGUACGCCAAUGGAGAACGAAGGUAAAAACUGUACUUCAUUAGCCCCACGUGAAGGUCAAUGCUGCCCAGAUACGUAUAUUUGCGAAGGCGAUGAAUUAAGCACCGAAGUUAAUGAUUUUACAACUGAACCAAUAUCAGAAGAUUUUACAACAUUACCAUCUAGAAGAGUUAGUGCCGAGGGCAGUGGAUAUAGAAAAGAAACUGAUAAUUUCCCAUACACUGAACCUUCUCCGUUAGAAUUUGUAACUGAAGGUAGUGGUGACACUCAUUUAACAACAGAACAAUCUCAAGAAGAAUACCAAAUGAGUACGUCCACUGAAAUCAUCGAUAAAACUAAAUCACCCGUCACAGAAAAUGUUGAAAUUAAACAAACAACGCCUGUACAAAAAGAAUACAAUAGCGUCACCGAUUCCAACAUUUUAGAAGAAACCACAAUUGGAAAUGUUGAACCCAUCGAUGCCAUAAACGUAAUCACUGAAUCUUAUGAAACAGAUCCAAGUGUGGCGACGACAUUAACAUCUACAGAUACAGAUGUUAAAAUUAAGCCGACCGAAGGAUACAGCACUGAAAAAGUAAUUCAAAAAGAGACCAUUCCUUUAGAAAAAGAUGUUUCCUCUUUAGUAACCAUGCCUACUGUGGCGGAAAAAGAAACAACGAAUAUUGAAGACAAUCUCAAAGAAACAACUGAAAGUGAGAAGGUGGAUCUACUAACAACAAAUAUCACAAGUAGUCCAUUCUUUGAAGAAACUGAAAUGAUGACAACCGAAUCGUACAGAGAAAAGGAUGUUUAUACGGGUGUGUCAGAACAAGAAGCAUCUGUUUCGAAUGCACACACGUCUAGCACACCAUUCUUGGAGGAUAUUGAAAAAUUAAGCACGCUAAGCCAGGAAGAACAUUUGAUUACUGAUGGUCUAGAUAAAAAAGAAACCACUCAAACUUCAACACCAAGUGUGCUGCCAGAGGAAGGUACACAAAUAAAAGAUGAAAAAGACAAUAAUUUCGUUGAAUCUACAGAAAAGGCACCUCUUCAAGAUCUUGGAGUACUACCUAUUUCGGGUGAUAAAGAGACCACAUCUAUAGCAGACGAAUCAUAUUCGACGACAGAAGCAUCUGAAAAAGAAAUUGUUGGGUUGGAUCAACGUAUUCCUACUGAAGAUCAAGAAGAAAUUAAAACUGAAACGACAACAUUAACAAGAGAAACGUCCGAAUCAGAAUAUUCUACUAUUGCGCCAAGCAUCGGCACUGUAACAUUGAAUGAGAAAUUUGAUAUAACAACAGAAUCACAUAAACACAUUACUGGUGACGAUAUUUCAGAAAUACCCGAUUAUAAAAAACCAGAACCGGGUCAUAUUACAUCAACUUUGAUACCCACCCAAGAAGACAAAGAGAUUACCAAUGCCGAGUUAACUACAGAAUCGGCGACAUCAAGUAUCAUGCAUCAUACAACUAUUUCGUCUGACUUAGGAACUACUUCGCAAAGUGAUCAAGAAACUGGUAUUGUUUCCCAAGAAAAUGAAGCUGAGAAACAUAAAACUGAAAAAACACCUCUGAUUGAUGAUUUAAGUAAAUUCACUACGGUGCCUGACAUAUUACCAGAAACUAGUAAAAAAACAGACGAUGAUUUGAAAUUCGAAGACGAAGAAAUGUCAAUCACAACAGAAUCAAGUUUCAAGGACGAUAUUGAUACCACUUCUGCGGAUAAACAGCAAAGUUCUUCAGUCCCUCUUGAUGGUAUAGGAAGUACGCCAAGCGCUCCAUUCUUAGAAGAAAUAGAAAAAUCUAGUACAGCUGUUCCGGAUGAUCACAUAAUAAAUGAUCAAUUAACUGAAAAAGACAUUACAAAACCACAAUUAAAUACGCAAGGCACUACUGUGGUAACUUCUAAAGACAUUGAAUCAACGACUGAGCCUGACAAGGGACUAAAUACCAUACCCAGCGGCACUUUUGAAGAAGAAAAAUCUGAGACACCUACUUACGAGGUAGUUACGCCUUUUAAAGAAUCAGAACGAGAUCAAUCAACUGAAGGCAUUGUUGAAUCCACUGCAACUCAAAUGCCCGAUUCGUCAACAGAGAUUGCAAGAGUGACUGAGGAAAAUCAUUACGCGCCUACUACUGAAAAUAUUAUUCCUGAUGUAGCGUCUAAAGUUACCGAACAUGUUGAUUUGUCUAUUACGCCAUCUACUAUUAACGAUAUAGAUAUUGAUGUUUCUACGUUGAGACCCACAAUUGGAAACACAGAAAUUGAUUCUGAUGACAAAAACAAAGACAUUUCUACUACAUCAUCUGAGUUGCAAAAAGCACCUACUUCCACAGAAGCCAGCAUCGAUGAUCUAGGACAUUUGCCAGCUUCUACGACUGAAAGUACUAUAUAUUCAGACAAGGUAGAAACAACCACAAUUAAUCAAAUUGAAAAUGAAAUAGAUGAAAAUAAUAACAUAUUCGUCGGACGUAUACCCGGAGAAGGUGAUUGCCUAUUAAAUAGUAUAACUUAUAAGAAUGGAAGCUCUGUACCAAAAACAAACAAGUGCCAUUCAAAUUGCAAGUGCUUGAGCAGCAUAAUCAAAUGUGAUCCAAUAAUCUGUAGUUCACCUCCAGAAUAUAUGGAUAAUUGUCAACCCACUUAUGAUUCGCCAGAUUCUUGCUGUCCAACAUACGUGUGCGAUCAAUCUAGAGAAACUAUGCCCCCUGUUGUACCUCUCGUUCAUGUAACUUCUACAGAAGCACAACCGUCCUUUGAAUGCCACGGUGACCAAUGUGAAGUAAAAGAAGAAAAGCAUCAUUCAGAUAUUCCAGAAAUGAUUUGUAGUGGUAGUGAAUGCGGUGACACGACCUCUACAGAGCAAAAUAAAUGUGGACCCAAUGGUUGCUCUGCCUUGGUUGAUGAGCCAAUAAAUAUUCCAUCAGCGGAUCAUUCAGUACUGUGUUCAGGCAAGCCUUGCAAAACUGCGGAAGAAGCGUGCGCAAACGGUGCGUGUCAAUUACCAACUAUCCAAGUUCCUCCCGAAAUUCCCUGUGAAGGUAGUCAUUGUGACGCUCCAUCAAAAAUAAAUGAAGAAGCUCUUUGUGAAAAUGGUGAAAUCUGUAAAGACAAUAAGGUUCCUGAAGACACUAAUAAUAAAAAAGAUUGUUCUACAAGCGAUUGUGGUGAAAAUAUUGCAAUCCCAGAGAAACAAAAAACAGAAAAGUGUCAAGGUGAAAAUUGUAAAGAGCUAGAUAUUCCUAUUGAAUGCUUGGAUGAAUCCUGUAGAAGAAAAGAUACUAAUAUCGAUGAAAAUAUUCCCCCUCUAUGUGAAGGAUCGACUUGCAGCGAUGUCAAGGACGUUCCAAAAUCUUCAGAGCACACUCCUUACGAAACUACACCAGAGAUUAUUGUAGACCAUGAAACAUCCGAAAAGACAGCUGCAACACCUGGACCUGCUACUGAGGCACCAGUCGUAAGUGGAAUUGGAACAGGAAUUACUUUAACACAAGAGCUACCAGAUUCAACAGAAUCUUCGGUAUCAACUGAUUCUGAAGAAAAAAUAGGAGAAGAAAUGUCUCCACAAGGAACUUCAGUAAAAAUUACAGAUGAAACCACUACAGAAGGGCUUAAAUCUUCAUCCACGAUUUCAGUUUCUGAGGAUAGCGAAUACACCGAUGUCCAAACGAAAUCUCCAAAUGAUGAAAUUGUUCCAUCAAAAACCGAUACAACAGAACAACCUGUAACAACUAUAAAACUAGAAUACGUUACUGACACAGCUGAAGUUUCCAAUGUACCUGUUCUAAUUGAGGAAUCUAAAACUGGUGAGUCCACUAGUGAAACAGUUGUACAGGAUCAAGAAAUAACAACAGCUAUUCCAGUAUCGACAAAGUUGACAGAAUACCCAGAAACAACACAAAAAACAUUUGAGGCUGAAAUACCUGCAACUGACACUACAGAAUCAGACGAAGACGUAAAGGCCCCAGUUAAAACAGAAUUCGAAAAAUCGACAAGCUCACCAGUACUCACGAGUACAGAAUUGAAUGCAAAUUUACCUAGUGAACAUGAAGUACAUGGAAAAACCACAGAUGUGCCUACCACUGAAUUUGUAACAUCAUACUCUAAAUUACCAGAAAAUGCAGAAACCUCGGACAUUUCUGAUUUAGACCAAACAACUGAUAGUGCUAUUUUAAGUACUACUUCGGUAUCUGAUGAACACAAAACAGUAACAGAAGCUGAAAAAUCACCAAUCGUUACUACCGAACUACCCUCUAUGGGAAUAACAAAUGAUAUUGAAGAAAACAAAGAAUCAGUAGAUAGCACUAAAUAUGAAGACUCUUCCACUACAUCAUCAUACAUACAUUCAUCUACACCUGGUGAAAUUCCUGUUGAUAUUCCAGUUUACACGGCUGACUAUGGACAAGAAGUAAAAGAAACUACUAACAUACCCGAGACAUAUGAAACAACUGCAGCUGAUACAAAGGACAUUACUACCGAACUUGCUAAAGAUGAAAUUCCCGACAUAACUAGCAUACAAGAUGAUAUGAAGUCAACUGAAGAGCAAGUAGAAAUCACAUCACCAAGUUCACAGACUUACUCUACAGUGUUUGAUGCAUUAGAAACAACUCAGCCACCAAAAACUACUAAAACGAUCGCCCCCAUAUAUUCUACUAAAGAAACUAGUCGGCCAGAAUAUGAAGAGCAAGUUAAAAUAACAACACCAAGUCCACUGUCUCAUUCUACAGAAUUUGAUGAAUUAAAGACAACUGAGACAUCCAAAACUACUAUUCGGCCAGAUUAUGAAAUUUCAACUGAAAUUCUCAUUGAAACUACUGAAAAAGUUAGUAAAUUAACAACAGUAUCCGAAAAAGAGGAGGAAUUAACACCAUUUGAUCACAAAAUAGAAACCCAGACUACUGAAACCAGUUCUAUAAUAACAGCUGUCAGUGAAAGUGAUGACUUAUCUAAUGUGUCUGAAGUCACAGAUACAAUACCAACCACAAGCUCUGAAUCUUCUGAUAAAGAUUCAGAUGAGAUCACAGGUACUACAAAAGGUUCCACUGAAGCUAUUGAAGAGUUUACUAUAACACCCGUGGAUAUAACAGAGGAAACAACUCAAGCUCAAAGCUUAGAAAAACACCCAAUCGAGCAAGAAAAACCUACAAUUCAAGAAGAGAUUAUAAAAGAACAUCCGUCUUCUGCUGAAAAAGAACCAGAAAAUUCCAUUCAAUUUGAUCAUUUACCUACCACCACGACCUUAUCUUCAACACAAACACCAGAAACAGAAACUACUAAAACGAAAGAUGACGAAAAAGAAUUUGAACCACAAACGGAUAAAUCAACGCAAACGCCAGAACUAAGUACAAGUCAAUACGAAUUUACAGAUAAACCAACCCAACCAUCGGAGAUUUCAGAUGAAAUUAAUAAUGAAAAGGAACACGAUAAAUAUACUGAAUAUCCGUCCUCCGUAACACCUAUGUCACUUGUAACGGUAUCGCAAAAAGCAACCGAGAUCACUCAGGAUGAAAUAACAACAGAACCGGCUGAAAAACAUGCAACAGAAAAACACGAAGACGUAACUGGUAUUCCUGAAAUCAACGAAUCUUUGGACACUAGUUCAGAAAAAUAUCCAACUACCUCACCAGGAGACCAAAAACAUGUUGAAGGUCAAGGAGAAGACGAUAACAAACAACCAGAAAUGUAUAACAAAGUCGAAACAACUGUUAAUGAAUUAGACACUAGUACUUUGCCAGCUGAAGGACAAAAUGUAAACAACGACUUACCAACUACAACUUCCUCUCCUCAAAAGGAAUCAGGCCUUGAAGAUUUUACAGAAUCGACAUUGGCAGAUAAACAAAAACAUUCUACUGAAAAUCCUGAUUUAACUCAUGAUCAAACAGAAUCAGAUGAAUCACAAGCAAAUAAUUUGUUACCUCAAGAAGAAGGCUCAGGACAUGAUGAUGUUACAAAAUCUACAUUACUUGACGAACAGAAUGUUUCUAUGGACCACACAGAUAGUGACAUUAAAUCGCCUGAACUUCUCGGCACCACUUUGACUCCGCCAAAAGAAAUCCCCGUUUCGGAAGAAGUAACAAAAUCUUCUUUACCAGGGGAAGAAAAUGGUACGACUGAGUUUGUUACUACCUCGACUAGUUUCACUAGAUUACCUGAAUCACAAAAAACGACACUGACGCCACAGCAAGCUGAUGAGUUUGAAGAUAUAACAAAGGCUUCUUUGUCUGAUGAAAAUGUUCCUAUAGAACAUACAACGCUAACAGACAUUCAGACAGGCCUAUCUGAAUCACAAGCAACAACUCAAAUACCAGACGAAGAAGAAAUAAAAUCAUCAUUACCAGAUGAAGAAGAUCAUUCAGUCCCUUCAGUUGUUGUGACUGAAUUACCGGAGAUCUCAACGCUUCUUCCAAACCAAGAACUUUCUGACACUGAGGAUAAGACUCAAUCUACCUUAAUGAAGGAGCCAGAAAUAGAUUCAGAGCAUCCAGAUACAAUGAACAUAGUAACUGAAUUACCUGACGCAAUAACAACAACAGGAAUAAAAGAAAUCUCCAGUAAGGACGAAAGCACGAAAUCAACAUUAUCAGAUGAACAAAAUAGUGUCACUGAACACAUACCAUAUACGAGACUACCUGAAGAUCAUAGUACAACUUUACCACCUCUAAAAGAAACUCAGAUCACGGAAGAAGUAACGAAACCAUCUUUAACUGAAACAGAGCAGACUGCCACUGAAUACGUAUCAACCUUAGACCAUCAAUCUAAAUUACCCGAAUCGCUGAUUACACCGACAACACCAAAACAAAGUUCCGAUAUUGAAGAUGUAACGAAAUCCGCAUUGCCUGAAGAACAAAAGACUGAACUGCCAUCAACCACACCACCGACAAAAGAAAGUUCAGACUUUGAAGAUCAAACAAUUUCUCCAAUACUUGAUGAUCAACAUGUUUCAACUGAAAAAACAACUCCCGUGGACUUUAAGACUGAUUUACCUGAAUUAAAAACGUCUACAUAUGCACCACAAGAAAUAAUAACGGAAGAUUUAACAAAAUCAUCUCCGUCUACUUCUCUUGAAAUUACAACUCCUGGCAUUGCCAAUGAGUUACCAGAAAAAGAAUUUACUCAAACAACAGUUGAACAAACUUCUGGCUCUGAAGAUACUACAACAAAGACUUCAUCACCACUUAAAGAUGAAAUAGCUACUGAACCAAUAUUAAUUCAGACCGAAGUCACAGAACCAUCACUAUCAGAUAGUUCAUUGUCAGAGAAGUUUACGACAAGUACUUCGCAGGACGACGAAAAGCGUGUAACAACUGAAACAAUAAGAGAAACCACAGAAGCAUUACGUGAAGGAGAUACAUAUGAAAAAACAACAGCAGUUCCUAAAGAACAAGUUACAGAAAUAGUCGAAAUACUCCCAACUCAUAUAGAUGACACUCAGCAUGUAAGCACAACCACAGAAACACCACUGAUAACGGAAGUAUCUACACAUAAAUUAAUACCGGAGCUAUAUGAAAAGUCCACUGAGCCACCAUAUGUUGAACCAAAGGAUCAGGAGACAACUCCAUAUGUUGUUGAAUUAGAGGAACAUACUCAAAAAUCAGAAUUGUCCACCAUUUAUUCCACUACACAAGAAACAACUUCUGCUUCUGAAAAAACUGAUGAAGAAACUAAAACGCCAGAAAAGGUGGAUGAGGAGGCUAGCAAAGAACAACAUCCUACAGAAAUGGACUCUUCUAAGGAUUCAGAGGAAACAUCGACACAGUACAAAAUUCCAGAAAGUACGACUCUUUCCUCGAUUUCAGAAAUAUCAAGUGCAGUAGACGAUAGUCAUAAAACGCCAACAGCUACCAUAGAUUUUGAUCAAAGUAGUGUUUCCACGACAGAACUUAUCUAUAAAAAAGAAACAACUCCUACUGUACAAGAACCAACGGAAUCUCCAGAAAAAAUCACUUCAACAUCGAGCAAACCCUUAGACGCUGUUCAUGAACAAGAUCUAAUACCAACUUCAACUACGAAGACCGCAGACAUUUCUGAACAAGCUCUUGAGAAGUUCACAAAACCUGACACUAAGCCCAGUGAAUCACCUUCCACUGAACUGCCUAAACCGAUAACCAGCGAAACACCUAUUGACGAAAUCGCAGGUCCAGAAGAAAGUAAUUUCCCUCCAAGUGCCUCGAGCGGUUAUGGCGGAGAGCCAGACUAUGUUGAAGAAGACCAAGCAUUCGGACCUGGCACUUGUCGCUACGGCGGCAAAGUAUAUGUAUCAGCCCAACAAAUUCCUAGAGAUGAUCCCUGUGAUUUUUGCUUCUGCUUCCGUAGUGAUAUUAUUUGCUUACAACAAAGCUGUCCUCCACCCAUACAUGGAUGUCACGAAGAACCUAUACAAGGUUUUUGCUGCCCCCGAUACGAGUGUCCUGUAUCGAUGGCGACUACACUCAAUGUAACCACCACGACUACAACAACAACAACCACAUUACCUCCUCAUUUCCCUACCCACCCAUAUAAGGGCGCAGCUCAAAGAAGAGGAUGUCAAAUAAAAGGACACACAUAUAAAGUAGGAGAAGUAGUACGAGCAUCAUCAGGCCCAUGUUUACACUGCACAUGCGGCGGAGACGGUCAAAUGAAAUGCGAUCCAAAAGCGUGCACUCCAGAGCCGAUGCUAAGACAAAUGAUAGCGGCAGCUGUUUCAGCUAAACGACGAAGAUGAACAUUUUUCGACGUUUUACCAAUUGUCUCGAAAGAGCCUUCACAAGGGUAAUAAACCUUUGUGAGAAAAAAAAUGCGUCUACUCUUCUAUGCACGUGAAUAAUGCUCAAUACAUUUAUCCCGAUGGAGUAGUUUAAGGUUUCGUGUCAUAAGUAUUAAUGAGUUAAAAAUAAACAGUGACACUUUCAGGUGACAUGGCACUCUAUAUAUGAUCAAUCAUGACUGUGAUUAAAAAUAUUUUAUAAUUUCGAUAACCGAAAUUGAUACGAAUAUUUGAGUCUUCAUUUAAGGUUAAUUUAUUAAAUUAUUAUUUAUCUUUUUAGCAGAAGUCAGUGCCAAACGAUAGUGCUAAGUUGAAUCGUAACUAUGCAUUUUACAAUUUCAAAAUUGAAUUUAGACAAUAAAUUUCAAUUAACGCGUAGUUCGACCAAAACGAAGCUUAAAUUUAAACUCCAUGGAAUAUACUGAGUCAAUUAAGCUUCGCAGGUCAGAAAGAUCGCCGGAAUCUUGACCAUUUUUAUUACAAGUAAAUUAAUUUGUUUUACCGAUUUAAGAUUAGUCAUUUCUCUUUGUUUUUACACGAUGUUACAAACGUAAAUCUAGUAUCGCGUAAAUAUAAAGUAAUAAUAAGGAUCCCUGAUGUUGUAAAUGCCUUACUUAAUUUGUAAUAAUUUAUAUAUUUUAGGUGUAUAGUACUUAAGCCAUGUUUUGAGACCAGUGACUAUUGUAAUGUUAGUAUUAAAAGGCCGUUUGCAUUCAAAUUGAAAAGCUCCAGUCGACGCUUUUGGCUUUGGCCGGAACUUUUCCACAACUUUCACGAUUUAAAGAAAGUGACUAUUCUUGUUUUCUUUAAUCCGUGAGAGAAAUUUGCUAGCACUCUGACAGUGGCCAAAUUUUCAAUCAUUUUUAGAUAAAAAUAUACAAUUGAACUUGAGUAAGAUCUUUUUGUAACUUUUGAUAAUAAAGUGCUGGUAGUUUUAAUCUAUAAAUAUAUGCAGAUCGAGAUGUGUACGAAAGUUUAUAGCUUUUGUGUUUGCUGUUCUAAUAGUGAGAAUCUAAUAGAAGUGGCCGCAUUAAUUCGUACAGACCUUCUUCUGUGUUCUAUUAAUUUGAAAAUUUAGGAAUAUUUCAUUUUUAUUUAUUUCAAGUAGCAAUAGGGAAUAAAUGUCAGAUUAUUAUUGACAAAGCGUUUAGGUUUCUACUCCUAAAAAUUGGACACUGAAAUAAAUAUUGUUUCUAUAAUUUACAAAUGCCACCAUUUAGAUAACCAUUUAAUUGUGGAAACAAACUUUUACAAUAAAAUAUUUCA